AUGGACUGUGAACCGAGAGAAAAGCUUCGGUCCACGGGUCCAACGUGGACUGGCAGCACCGGCGGAGCUCGGCAUGGCGGCGAGCGGCCGGAGAGGCAACCGAAACAGAGCUCCGGUGUCUGGGAAGCUCUGACAAGCAGCGGAACACGGAGAGGGGGCGACGGCGAGCUCACCCCUAGGGUAAAUGGUGUUGGAGCGGGGGCGAGGCGGCUGGGCGACGGUGAUGGUGGCGGCGGUGGUCGGUGCGGCAUCAGGGAAAGGGGUUCUGGUGGCCGAACAUCGAUGAGGACCCACGGGAUUGACUUUGAAGGAACCUGCAGUGCUGAAGAGGGGGUUAGUUCGGCCGGAGACAGCGCAAACGCGAAGAAAGGCAGUGGUGGCGCAUCCUCAUCGGAGAUGGAGAAGACACGGGCGAUGAUGGCGCUACGGGUGAGAGAAUGGAGCAUGAGAGGGUAG